GAAAGAUGUUUUUUACCACCAAGAUGAUUAGAACUUAUUCAUUUGGCCAAAUUGUGGCCAAUAAAAGCAAUAAUUUUCAUACAAGUUCUCAGAGACUAUUGGAAAAAACUGUUUUAUAUGACUUUCACUGUAAGCAUGGAGCUAAAAUAGUGCCCUUUGCUGGAUUUGCAAUGCCUAUCACUUAUGGCAAGAUUGGUGUUUCUGCCUCACACAUUCACGUGAGAUCUUCAUGUGGCCUAUUUGAUGUGUCGCACAUGCUGCAGGCACAAAUUACUGGGCCUUCUCGCAUUCAGUUCCUUGAGUCACUCACUGUAGCUGACAUAAAGAGCCUCAAGCCUGACAAUGGAUGCCUCACUCUCUUCACUAAUGAUCAAGGCGGUAUCAUAGAUGAUCUCAUUGUGAGCAGCACCAGCAAAGAGUCAAUUUAUCUGGUGAGCAAUGCUGGGUGUCGGCACAAAGUGCUGCCCCUGUUGCAGUCAGCGCUUGCACAACACCGCAGCCAGGGAGGUGAUGCCUCGCUGCUUCUCAUGGACGACCAUUCCUUGCUGGCACUGCAGGGUCCAUGUGCUGCCAACGUUCUCCAGAAAGUCUGCUCAGCCAACCUGAGCGAAGUUGGCUUCAUGAGCUCAGUGGAAUGCUCAGUGGGUGACUCAAAAGUGUGUAGAGUGACACGCUGUGGCUACACUGGCGAGGACGGCUUUGAAAUUUCCGUGCCCAACGUGGAGGCGGUGAAGCUGUGCGAGCUGCUCCUGCAGGACAGCGCCGUGCAGCUUGCUGGGCUGGGUGCUCGGGACACACUCAGACUUGAGGCUGGACUUUGUCUUUAUGGUAACGACAUGACUGAGGAGACCACCCCCGUGGAGGCGGGGCUUGCCUGGACCGUGGCCAAGCGCAGGAGACAAGAGGGUGGCUUCCCCGGACACCAGGUGAUCAUGCGGCAGCUGCAGGAGGGGCCCCGCGUGCGACGUGUGGGCCUCACGAGCGACGGCGCCCCCCUGCGCCCCCCCGCCCCCGUCACCCACAACGGCGACAUCAUCGGCCAGGUGUGCAGCGGUUGUCCCUCGCCGUCGCUGGGGCGCAACAUCGCCAUGGCCUACGUGCCCGCUGCCCUCGCCAGGCCCGGCACUCAAGUGCAGGUCCUCGUCAGGAACAAACCGCAGCCUUCCGUCGUCACCAAGAUGCCCUUCGUGCCCACCAACUACCACGUCCUCUGAGACGCCG